AUGGCGGAACACGACAACCACCACCAAAACUCCGACCCCUCUCCCUAUGACCACAACCUCCACCUACACCACCAACCGCCGCCCAUCUCCCCCCAAAACCCUAACGCCGACCUCGAAGACCAGGACGGAUCCCCAGCGGGAGCCGCCGCCACCAGCUCCGGCGGCCGGAAGCGUGGCCGCCCCCCGGGAUCGAAGAAUCGGGCCAAGCCGCCGGUGGUCGUCACGCGCGACGGCCCCAACGCGCUCCGGUCUCACGUGCUGGAGGUCGCCGACGGGAGCGACGUCUUCGGGAGCCUGUCGGCGUACGCGCGGCGGAGGGGCCGCGGCGUCUGCGUGCUCGGUGGCGGCGGCGCGGUGUCGGAUCCGACGCUGCGGCAGCCGGAGGGAGGCGCGGCGGCGAUUCCCGGCCGCUUCGAGAUCCUGUCGCUGACGGGGACGGUGCUGCCGCCGCCGGCUCCGCCGGGAUCCGGCGGGCUGGCGGUGUUCCUGUGCGGCGGGCAGGGAAGGGUGGUCGGGGGGAGCGUGGCGGGACCGCUGGUGGCGUCGGGGCCGGUGGUGCUGGUGGCGGCCUCGUUCGCGAACGCCGUGUUUGAGAGGCUGCCGCUGGAGGAGGAGGAGGAGGAGGACGGAGGCGCGGUGGAGGCGGCGUCCCAGUCGUCCGACGUGUCGGCCGGCGGUCUCGGGAACAACUGCGGCGGCGGCGGUUCCCACUUCAACUCGUCGGCGGGUGGGGGUACGGCGGAGGUGGCGCCGCCGCCGCCGCCACAGGAGAGUUAUCCUUUUUCUGGUGAUUUGUUUGGCUAA